AUGACUUGGCAAAUGCAACCUCCCAAGCAAGUCAUGAAGGUUUCCAUGAUCGUGGCCUUCGCUGUUCUGUCGACGCUCACGACAUUCAGUCAGCUCAAGGGAUAUUCACUGAGAACGUACUAUCAUGCCACUGAUCAACCGAGAAAAGCAAACCUGAGGAGAAGCCCAUACUUGGACCGAAACAUAAAGAACUCAAGUGACGCCAUCGGAGCCAGGAAACCAAUCAUGCAGUCACCAACACCCAUGGUCAUAAAAACAGAAGCAGGUGCUGGCACCGCAAAAGAAUCCAAAGACACACCUCCAUGGUCCGAAAGUCGAGAAGCGGCAGAUGUCAAACUUCAACAUCAACUCGCUCAGUUUAUGAAGCAGCAAGUUCUUCAGCGGCAAAACACUACUCAAGGAACUUCGCAAGUUUCGGUUGCGGCCGGGACAAGCACCAAAGAGCGCCUACAAGAACAAGAAGACAAUCAGGUAUUUGUUUGUAUUACGGGGGUUCUCGGAGAUCUAGAACUCGAGAACAAAAUCGAAAAUCUCCUCCGGCCUCUUUCGAAUUCUACAGCCAAUGACAGCUUACACAUCGCCAUGGUACUGCAAGAUGACAGCAUCAAUACCGCCACUCUCACCAAGGAAGCUCCUUAUGACUCGGAUUUCAUGGCUUUUCGAGAGCCCUACUCCUUUUAUAAAGAGGCACUGUACGGAGGCGGUCGUCUCAUUACCAAUCAUUCGCAACUUGCGGAUCAGUACGAUCUUUUCAGUCGUUUCCAAGGCAAAGAGCAGCUAUUGAAUCUGACGUUGCAGGCACGCCCAAAUCGAUCCUUUCGCUCCAAGUAUGAUAUUCUUGGUUAUUUAAGGCGUCAGAUGCCUCGCCUUCGAAGAAACAAGAUCAUCAUCGACAUCCAACCACCGUUGGUCAAUCCACCUGUGAACUUGGAGUACGUACGAGCUAUUGCAAUCAGUGGCACCUUUGAAGAUGGAGAGAUUAGACGAGACAACUUUGAACGGACCAUUUGGAGAGCCGUAAAUGAUGUCCGAUUGCUAAAUCAGUACAAACAGUGCGGAGAAUUUCUGGGCCGACUUGCCAACGACACCAAUACCAACAAUAGAGUCAUUGUAGUCCGAGCCGGAGAAGAUGCCAUCCUUGCAAAGCCCCUCAAUGCAGCACUUCUGGCUACUACCCACAUCAAGAACUAUCACCUCCCGUGUACCACCAAACGUGGCCAUGGAGUCGAUCAAAUCGAUGUUAUGUCGUUGCCUGAUGCAGGGAUGGCUCGAGAGUACUUGGAAAGGCCAAUCAAAGAGUUUUAUCAAGAGGGGACCUUCGGAUUACAGUCGGAUCAGGGACAAACUGAAAUUAGAAGUUUGCCACAGUUCUUGCAGCAUGUCUACUCCAAGAUUGUGAUGAGAGAACCACCAAACAGUAGCCUUUUUCCGGUCCCAUACCCCCUCGCUGAUGAUUCAAAAGCACUCGAACCUCGCGAACGGCAGCUUGAGCCAGCCGCUAGACGUGCCUUUGUUUGCAUUACUGGACAGGUGGGGCGGCUGGAGAUGGCGAACAAGCUACGAACAAUCAUCAAACCGCUACUUGAAUCAGGGUUCUAUGAUCAUGUGGACGUUGCUAUGGUACUAGGCGAUGGGAAUGCGACUUACAACAAAGCACCCACCGAUGAUGCGAGUGCCGUUUUCAAUGACAUCAUUAAUGGAACCUCUUUCCGCAAUAAAAGAGACGUCGUGAAAUGGUUUCAUCAUCAUCACCACCAAAACAUUUCUUGGGUGAACCGUCAAUCAACUUACACUCCCAAUCCAAAUCAAGCGGCGAAUCCGCAGUAUGUUAUUCAGAUGGGUCGCAAUGGGAUAUUUAUUCCUCAAAAAGACUACACCACUAUGAAGCUUGAGCAAUUUGAUCGUAAGUACGCGUGGAUGCGCCGCAAAUUGACAAUUGCAUGUUUUUGCGCCCCACUAAUAUCGCUGUCAUUUCACUUGGCUGAUGUUUAG